GAAACGAAGCCAAGCGAGAGUAUUACGUCUCUUCACUUCCGUGUUCGUUAUCUUGGCCGUAUGUACAUUGGACUGUUCGUGCUUGAAAACGUGUUUUGUUGCCUUUAUGCUUAGCCAUAAUGUGUCGACAGUUGCGUUGGCUAACCAGUAACAGUUUUUACAAAAACAACAAAAAGUUAUCUGAAGUUGUUUUCGCGAGCGCAUGCGCAUUUCCAUUAUCCCUGUUUACCCACGAGCUAACUGAAGCUAUUAACGUUUAAACUUUGUUCGGUUGCGUAUAGCUAUAUUAAUAAUGCGAUUUUAAAAUAAAUGAUUAAAUUGUUUCUGUUUCUAUGUUGUUACGCCCGAGUGUGGGCAGAAGAACGAUUUUAGCUGUUGUUUCCUGGAACCAUCCUGCUUCCUGUAGUAUCUUUGCCACAACCUACAACGGAUUGUACACAAUCAUCAUGGCGACGCAGGAUGGAAGUGAAGAAGUCAUAAUGGAAACUGAGGCAAAACCAAAAGAAGCUGAAUCACUAGGUGAAGAUGUUGAAAAAGGUGGUGCAGAAGCGACGUCUCACACAGAUGCAGGAAACUCCACAACUCAGGACUCUAAUAUUAGCAAUGGGGAUGAUACAGAGGACAAGGAAACAGUGGACUUGAAGAUCAUUUGGAACAAAAAUAAAUAUGAUCUGAAAAUUCCUGUUGAUAGCACCGGAGCCAAACUAAAAGAGAGCAUUCACUCACUCACUGGUCUUCCACCGGCAAUGCAAAAAGUGAUGUAUAAAGGAUUGCUUCCAGAAGACAAGACGCUACGUGAAAUAAAGAUUACAAAUGGUGCAAAAAUAAUGGUAGUAGGAUCUACAAUAAAUGAUGUAUUAGCUGUAAAUACACCCAAAGAAGUCAUCCAGCAGGAAGUUAAAGCUGAAGAAAACAAGAAGGAGCCUUUAUGCAGGCAAAAGCAACAUAGGAAAGUUUUGGACAAAGGUAAACCUGAUGACAUCAUGCCAGCUAUUAAAGGAGCAAAGGAACGAUUACCAACAGUGCCUUUAUCCGGAAUGUAUAACAAAUCCGGAGGAAAAGUUAGACUCACAUUCAAGCUGGAGCAAGAUCAGUUGUGGAUUGGAACAAAAGAGAGGACGGAGAAAGUCCCAAUGGGCUCCAUUAAAAACAUAGUGUCUGAACCCAUCGAAGGCCAUGAGGACUAUCACAUGAUGGCUUUUCAGCUGGGUCCAACGGAAGCUUCACAGUAUUGGGUCUACUGGGUGCCUGCACAGUUUGUCGAUGCAAUCAAAGACACAGUCCUUGGAAAAUGGCAGUAUUUCUAAUGUGCCUCUUUUUUGACAAUGAUGAACUGGGAUUGAGAGGAGAUGAUAACAUGAAACUGGAGUCAGCAGUGUCAGCAGUUUAAGGAACCUCUUGGAGUGUAUUCCAAGGACACUGACGGAUGCCUGUGGACUAAUCAUAUUCUUUUUAGGUUUAAAGUGCACUAUGUGGCAGCAUAACAUUUCUCAGCCCUGUUGAUCAUUCAAGGUUUUCAGCAAAUCCAAGGGAAAACAAUUACAAAAAAAUGUACAGAAAUUGCUAACACUUUUCUUCAGUUAUUCUUAAAGAAAUAAAAAAAAUUAUUUAAUGAAUUGAAUGUGCCAGAUCAUUGCUGUCUGUCUUCUCCAUUCAGUAUUAAAUCCACGCAAACUUCGUCUGCAUUAUUUUAUUUUUCCAAGUUUUACACUUAAGAACAGAUGCAGUUCUUUCCAAUUCUCUUGGCAAAAAACUGCUCGUGCUGUCUACUGGAAUAGAGGCUGUGAACAAGCAGCAAUUUUCAUGUCCUGCCACAAAUUGUGAAUUAGAUUGAGGUCUGGAAUAGGCCACUGCAGAACCUUUAAAGUCAAUCCUGUGCAGUUUUGGCUUUCUUGUUGUGGGUCAUUGUCUUGCAGAGAAAUAAAUCUCCAGAGUAGCAGCUUCCUUGCAGACGGCAGCAUGUUUUCCUCCAGGAUUUUGCUCUGUUAUUAGCCCUGCAGUGAUGUGAA